AUGGCUCUCGAAGACGCAGCACAGCUCGCCGAGAAGACCGAGGCUCUCGAUCUCUCUGAUGUCGAAGAAGAGGAUCUCGGCGAGGCAGUAGCCACGCAGAACAAGAAGAAAAACAAGAAGAAGAAGAAGAAGCCUGCGAACAUCCGUUCUGGUGUCGUCCAGACCGAGCCCCCAACAGUCCCGGUUUCAAAAAUGUUCUUGAAUAAGGUCUAUCCCGAAGGCGAGCUCUCGGACUACAAGGAUGACAACCUCUGGCGCUCGACCAGCGAGGAGAAGCGUGCGCUGGAGCGAUCUCUGAACGAUACGUACAACGAGCUGCGCCAGGCUGCCGAGGUCCAUCGUCAAGUCCGCUCGUAUGCCCGCAAGACGAUCAAGCCAGGAAUGUCCAUGAUCGACAUUUGCGAAAUGAUCGAAAACGGCACCCGCAACCUCAUUGAGGCGAAUGGCUUGCAGGCCGGCAUUGCUUUCCCCACCGGAUGCUCCUUGAACCACGUUGCCGCCCACUACACUCCGAAUGCCGGCGACAAAACCGUCCUGCAGUACGGCGACGUCAUGAAGAUCGACUUUGGCACCCACAUCAAUGGCCGCAUCAUCGACUGUGCGUUCACCAUGUCGUUUGAUCCCAAGUACGACCCCCUUCUGGAGGCCGUUCGCGAUGCCACCAACACGGGUAUCAAGGAAGCUGGUAUCGACGUCCGCCUCUGCGAUAUUGGAGCAGCCAUCCAGGAAGUCAUGGAGUCGUAUGAAGUCACACUCGAUGGAAAAACAUAUCAAGUCAAGCCCAUCCGCAACCUCAACGGCCAUCUUAUUGGACAAUACCAAAUCCACGCCGGCAAAACUGUCCCCAUUGUCAAGGGUGGCGACCAAACCAAGAUGGAGGAAGGAGAGAGCUAUGCGAUUGAAACCUUCGGCAGCACUGGCCGUGGGUUUGUCCACGAAGAUCUCGAGUGCUCCCACUACAUGAAGCGAUUCGAUGCCGGGCAUGUGCCUCUGAGACUUCCCCGCGCCAAGCAGCUUCUGACCACGAUCAACAAGCACUUUGGCACCCUGGCCUUCUGUCGACGCUAUCUCGACCGAAUCGGCGAAGAAAAGUAUGGUCUUGCGCUCAAGAACCUUGUCGACUCUGGUGUUGUCGAUCCCUAUCCCCCGCUUUGCGAUGUCAAAGGAAGCUUCACGGCCCAGUACGAACACACCAUUCUUUUGCGCCCAACUCGCAAGGAGGUUCUCAGUCGUGGCGACGACUACUGAGCAGUCGUGCGCGAUCGGGGAUGGUGACUCGUUUGGGUGGCCACAUCGGCGAACUGAAGUACGCGGACAAAGAUAUGGCCUCGGGGUCGAGAGUGGCGGCGCAUACUGACCGAUCGCUAGAUCCUGGAUGGCUGCUGAAUACAGUACAGCUCGGGUCAGGGCCGCUACGACGCAAGGACGUGCGUUCGAGGUCACAUGUUGAUGACAGCCCGCGAGCGAGUCGGUCCGUUCAGAGAGCGCUUCCUUUCGUUGAUAAUGGCUGAAUUCAUGAGAUAGAUAUAUUUAUCGAAAUCAUUGGACAUCUCGCUGACGUCCCAAUGAAACAGGGUCGCGGAUGCUAGACAUCGUUAGGUGCUCUUGUUGCGCGAGCGGAGGUUCUCGGGGAUGCCGGUCAAAAGAUCAAAAGUCUGUUUGCAGGCGACUUCGGCUUCAACUUCGGCGAUGAUGG